AGUUCAGUACUUAAUGUUUGACAGAAACGGUCAGUGUUUUGUUUAGGUCUUGUACGAAUUCAAUAUUAUUUAUGUUAUUUAUGUUAUUUAGGAUGUUUAGUUCGUACUUUCUGUUAAAGACGUUACACACGAUGGCGUUGGAUAAAUAUGAAGUUAAUUUUAAUUAGUUUAUUUUUCUAACAAACGUUUGUCUUACUGUUAAAUAAAUUCCGUGUUUAAUUUGAAUUUUUUUUUAGCCAAAUUAAGGCAGGCAGGAAAAUAAAAAUAAGCAACAAUCGACAACUUUAUAGUGACUUUCGCGUGCUCGUCCAGUUUUAAUUAAUAUCCUAAAUUCCGAAACUUUUUAGGAUCUGGUUUUAGUUACGUGAUCAAUUUAGGGCCCUAAAUAUUUAAUUGGAACUUGGAUUUUUUUUAAUACUGGUACUUCCUGAUGGUUUUAUUUACUGGUUUUUAAACGUUUGGAUGUAUUUUCAUUGUUAGUACAUGAACUAAUUUUAAUUCGUGUGUUAAGUAAUAAUUGUUAUGCAGAGAGUUUUUGAGAUCAUUGUUUUAUUGUUAAAAUAUUAACUUGUAAAUUAUGGUGUGUGGAUAUUACUUUCGUUUUAUUUUCAAGCCGCAUGAAUCCAAGACUACUUAGGCAUGAAUAUUAAUUUGAAGUUCCGUGUGGUGAAAAACCCAUAAAUUAGUGAAGGUUUUUUCUGAAGCAGUUUUGAAGCAUUUACUGCAACUUUGGUACCAUAUUAGCAAACAUGAAAUUGUAUGAGUCAUGCGCUUUUCGUUGAGAUUAACUCCCUGGAAGAAUAUGAACGCCAGAUCACAAGUUUUUGACUUGUCAGUAGAAGACAGACAGAUUGAUGAAGCUGUGGCGAGCAUAUUCCACACCGUACUGUUUCAUCGCUCUUUGGGUAAAUUUCGAUAUAGACAAGAAAGCAGUUAUUCCGUUGGCACAGUUGGAUACGAAGAUGUGGAUUGUGAUUUCAUUGAUUUUACAUAUGUUUGCUGUUCUUCAGACAAUUUAGAUAAAGCUUUAAAAAAAGAAAUAAGGUAUUUUUCAAAAAUAUUACGUAGCAGUGAUUGUCCUGGAUCUGGAGAAAUAUCAUUAGAAUUUUUUCAAAAGAAGAAAAACAGAUGGCCGUUUCCUACAGAAUGUAUACCUUGGGAGGUCUGGACAGUUCGUCUUCAGCUCGUGAAACUUAGUAACGAGCAUGAAAGGCAGCUCUGCCGUGAACAAGUGGGUGAUAUGCUGACAGAGAAGAUAUUGUAUAUAGCGGAGGUGAUGAACAGGCAUGAUUAUGUUCCAAAAAUGCCAAACCAGUCUGAUCUUGAUCUCAUUUUUGACACCACCUUUCCAGAUGUACAGCCAUACUUAUUUAGGGUGCAGCCAACAAUUUCUGCCCCAAAUAUAUCUGUAGGCACUACAGUGAAAAAAAUUUUCAAAGAAACACUUUCUUUGUGAAAAAAAUUAGUUGCCUCUGCAAAAUAACAGUGCUGACACAAGUGGUUAGUGAGAUCCAGGCCACCACCCGUCUUUGCAAUGAAGAAUAUAUUCGGCAACUAUUUUUUUGUUAUCGAGCCUGCUUUUAGAGCAAACUUUGAGAUGGCAGUUGUGAAUAUGAAAACAGUGCUACAGUGCAGCCUAGCAACAGUGAGAAAACCAUUUACAGUCAUUACCAUUCGUACCAUUUAUUACAUAUGGUUUUCAGUGGUAAACAAAUUGACAUGAAGUGAUCUUUUAUGGUUGAGUAAGUCACUAAUACAUAGUGGUUUAUAAUACUCUGUGUCGUUUAAAUGUUUUUAUUGGUCUUUUCAAAAUAUGAGGCUAUGGACUUUAUCUAUGUACAGUAAGAUUAGAAAUAGGAAAUGUUGCUUCCUUGUGAAGUGACAAACAGGGCUGACGAUUGAGCACAUCUCUCUUUCCUUUCCUCUAGAUUUUAACUGUGUGUUUGUAAUGCAGUUAGCUAGUGCAGCUUGUACAGCACCCUCCACGAUGCAUGAAACAUAUAAUCCAGUGAGGAGAAAGUUCUGCACCUGAAUACAUUUUUUAAAUUUACAAUGGACCUGAUUAGCAGUGUACAGUUUCUCUUGGUGACCUAAUCAAAGAUUUUCUCAUUACCAAUAAAGCUGACUACUAUUCCCAGGUUUGACAAUGCAAAAUUUUAAAAACUCGUUAGUGUUUUAUUUUUACUGGGUUUUAAAAUUUAAUUCCUAGUCACAGCAGUAGUAAUAAGGUAAACACAUCUCAACAAAAUAAAUCCCCAGAGUUUAAAAUAAAUGCUUGUUUAGUUUUAUGGCCAUUCUACUUCACUUUCAAUAAACUCAGAUAAAAAAAAAACCUAUUUGAAACACAAGAAAUGGAUUAGUUUCAAAAGCUAAUUUCAAUGUUCAUAAUGACAUGAAUCGUUACAGUUUUAUUGAUGUGUGUGGUGUGUGUCCAUAGGGCUAAUUUCCAUCUCUGAUUGGAAAUAAAUGUGGUUGGUAGCGUGUUAUAUUUAUUUACGUGAUAGUAUUAUGUACAAAGUAAGAGAGUAGAGGUUGGGGAGCUACAGCAGGAGGCUCAGUAAUAUCUGCAGUAAGGGCCAGAUGUCUUGAUUGCUUCACUAUUAACAGGAUGGCAAACAUCUGCCUUCUGCACGCUGUGAUCACACACACGGCAGGUUCCGCCCAUCUCGAAUGUGCUCACACCAUUGCGAAAUCAUCCACUCGUGUCCCUUUAGCUUCGUGAAGUUCCAUAGUAUCAUGCGUUCAGGAUGUGAUACCUUGUGCCUUGGCACCUGACCCAUGCUGAAAGAUAUCAAAACAUCUGGUCCAAGGUAAAAUUGAUAUGCCAUAAUGAAUCACUGUAUAAUCAUUAUCAAUAUCUACUUUAUAAUAUUUACACCAAUAGAAAUACCUGAGAUGUCAUAUUUCUGAUUGUGUAUUUGUAUACAUGUGUGUUAAAAAUAUAUAUUUAUAUUUAAAAGUUGGAAAUUAAUUAAAAAUCUGGCCUGCCCUUAAUUUAAAUAUGGCAAGCUUCGAUUAGUCAUUUAGUCAGAGUAAUAAACUUCUUUAUUCUUAUCCUUCCAGAAAAUGUUUUCUGGGAAAAACAUGUUAAACUUGGAUAGAAGUAUAUAAAUGUAAGUAAGAAAUUGACACCAACUAAAUUACAAAAUUGAUGUACUGAAAUUUGGGACUAGAGGUGUGUUGUUACAGUAAUUUUCGGUAUCUGUUCCAACCAGUUACUGAUACAGUAAUGUACUGGUUACAACUAGCUGAUACUUCUGUAUCAGCUUACAGGUUACACAUCCUCCGUGCCGUCAUCACCAGCGUAAAAAGUAUCAGUUUUCUCUUUCCACGUUCUUCAUAAAAAAGUAUCAGUUUUCUCAUUCUACAUUCUUCGUAGUCAUAAAAAGGUAUCAGUUUCUCAUUCUACAUUCUUCGUAGUCGAAAAAAGGUAUCGGUGCUCUUUCCACGCCUUUCGUAAUCGGAGUCUUCGAUCUUUGCAAGGAGGACGCACUGCGCACUGAGCGUACUUUGAUGAUAAGCCUAAGAUGUACAUCAAGCUCUGUCACUGCCCGAACACGCCCGAAUAUUGACCUUCGGCCAACCUCAGGAUUUGUUUUAUUUUUGCGCAGGAAAAAUGAAUUCAAAAAUUAAAAGUGGUCGGUUAGGUUAGCUACAUUAAAACACUUUAGAACACUAUGGACGGUUAGUUAGGUUAGUAUAGCUACAUUAAAAUAAACAGAGAAAUAUAAAUCUAUAUAAAUAAACCAGAGGUUGGCCGAAGGUGAAUAUUCGGGAGUGUUUGGGCAGGGACAGAACUUGAUGUACAUCUUAGGCUUCCCCCUCCCCUACAUUCUUUCCCUUCUUUAUCCUUUAUUCGUCGUGCCGCUCCCUCCCCUUUCACAAGCUCCGCUCAAGUGACCGUCACAUGCGAUCGGGUUCUGCGCACAUUGGCCAUGGUGUUGUUCCAGGUGAAUUCUAAACUGAUACUAAAGUACUUGAUACUUGAAUAGUGUACUCAUUUGCAGUACUUGAUACAGGUGCAUAUCAGUUACAAAGUAGCAUAUUGAUACCUUUCAACCCACCUCUAGUUGGAACAAUUUCACUCACACCAACUUUCUCAUUGCAGUAUAUUGUUAGUACAAAUAAAAAUUGUUGGGCUAUAGUUUAAUCUGUAAUGUUUCUGUAUAAAUGUUUUAUUUUUGCAUAAAUAUUAAUAUAUCUGUGAAGAUCACCAUCAUUAGCAGAAAUGAUUUUUUUUUUACAUGAUAUAAUGCGUAUACGUAGAUCUAGUUUACAAAUAUUAAGAAAUGCUACCCCUAUAAAGUAGUCUCUUUACUUGACAUAAUAUUUAAUGUUACUUAAACUGUGUACUUAAGUUUUCUCAACUUCAAUUUCCGUUAAUUCUAGAGUUAGUUUAAAUAUGGCUAGAAUUUUUAAAGGUAUUAAUUAAUUUAUGUAAGUAGAUUUAUAGUGUACAUUAGUGUGAGUAAUUUUAAUACUUGAAUUUAGCACCAAAACAGAUGAUUAUUGUUGUUCAGUCACAUCCAACUUUCCAUGAACAUGUGAACCUUGUUACUCCUGGCUUGUUUUUGUUCUUGUUCGUUGCUUCGAUACCACCAUUGAUCCAUCUUAUCCUCACAAUGGACAAAAUGUUUUUUUAGCUUUUCUUGGAGUUGUCUCUUCGGUGAAAAGAGGUUUGCUUUAUUUUAGUACUGUUUUGUAUAACCUCAUUGCUGUUCAUGAAAUCCUCAGUACUCUUCUUCAACUUCCCAAUUAAAAUGUGAUUCUUAGGCAUUUGGCCUUCCUGAUUGUCCAGCUCUCACAGCCAUAUGCUACUACAGUGAACACUAUAACCCUGACCAUGCGGAGUUUAGUUGGUAAGGUGACAUCCUUGCGCUUCAGAACUUUGUCCAGGUUUGCCAUAGUCCUCAUGUUAAGAAGUGUGUCUCGAUUUCAUGCUACAUCACUGUAUGCAGUUUGCUUUGCGCCCAGGAAGAUGAACUUGGAGACAGCCUUCAAUUCAUCUCCGUCUAUUUUCCGAUGGCUGAAAGAUCUAGUUGCUAUUAUUUAUUCCAGCAGGUACUUUCUGCCUGGAAAGUAUACCUAAGUUAAUGGUAUUUUGGCAUGUCGUUUGUGGAGUAUAAUCGUGAGUUUUUGACCUCGGGGACCCUGUGCUAACGUGCAAGGAGCAAAUAAACAGAAAAUAUUGCAGUAAAUAUUACUAAAACAUAGCCUUAUUUUACGUCUAGCUGGUUGAUAAUUUUUAAUUUUUGUUGAAUCGAGCACCACUUGUUUGCAUUUAUUAUUGGAUGUUACUGUGUAAAAUUAUGACAAAAUAAUACUGCUGCGUUGCUACUAACUGUUGAAACUACGUAGGCCCAUUAUCGCUGGCAUGAGUCACGGAGCAGCAACACUGUGCUGGCGCCAACCUGAGCAUGAUUUACUAGGGCACGUGGAACUCAAGCACACGUGGUGUACAGGGGUGUGUUUAUAAUUUGCUCUAGCAGUUUCGAAGUUAAUGAUGCAUACUAACUCUUACCAGCUAUGUGUGCACUAUGUUUGGUAGCAUUUUCCUUCUUGAAUCGCAGCAUAAAUCACAUAAUAGAUUACAAAAAUAAAAUAAAUAGUCAAAAAUUAUUUUUGUGUGUAUGGAUUAUGGAAGUGAAAUAUGGCAAGGUUAAUCAGGAGCACACCGAUAAUCAGGAGUCUACUGUGUAGUAUUUACUUUCCGAGUGUUGUGACAGGAAUUUUAAACCAUUACACAAUAAAAGAUUUUCCUUGUAACUUUUUUAAACGUGCACUUGUUUUAUAAUUUAUCAUUGUUUUUAUUUUGUUAGAAUUUUAACCAAGAACGUAUUUUACUGUGCCUCCUGCUGUAUUUAUUAUUGUGUUUGACGACAUUGUAUGAAAUUGGGUAUCUAUAAUACUAUGGAAUUAUCAAUGAAUUAAUUGUUUUGAAUAAUUUGAUGAAAUACUGUUAAUUUAUCAAAGAAUGGAUUAUGACUGUAAUUAUUUUAGUAAUUAAUUUCAAUUUAUCAAAUAAUGAAUUGUUAUACUUUUAUUUCAGUAGAUAUACUAUUAAUUUUUAAAGAGCGAAUUAUUAUAGUUAUUUUUUUAGUAAUUUAUCAGUAUAAUGUAUUGCUGUUAUCAAUCAUGAAAUCUUAUUUUACCUAAAUAGUUUUUCAGUGUUACGUGUGUGUGUGUGUAUAUAUAUAUACAUACAUACAUACAUACAUACAUUUUGAUUAUUUGCUCUUGUAACAUGAGACAUUACAGUGGUUAUGCAAGGUGUAUUUGAAUUCAGUGCCAUAAUUCAUUGGGUAUUACAGAUUAUAAAGAAAGUUUAUACGUACUAAGGUUUAUUUUCUGCUUUGAAGUUUUUUAAUAUGUAGGAGGUACCUAAGCACAAUAGCUGUGAUGUUAAUGAAUUGAUGUAUCUUGGAUGUUAACUUGUUGGUCUUUGAUGUAAGUAGCCAGUCAUAUUCAUACAUGUUUUUAAGGUAUAAUAGAAAUAAAAUGUAAUUCAAACAUUCUUAAGCUAGAAAUUAAUUUUAAUUCUAUGUAAUUGUAUCCUGUGAAUUGUAGCACCAUUCAAAUGUACACCAUAUAAAAAUUAAAAUUUUAUUCAUAAUUUUGUUUGACUCUCCAUGUUAAAUGCCUUAAAAUGCCUGUUAGGGGAGCAGGUUCGAGUCUGAGAUGUGUAUUUUUAUGAAACCUCACUUAUGAUUUUUGGGAAUGUAUCCUUUGUAUCAUUACUUUAUUUAUUUUUGUGUCACGUUUGCAUGUAAAAUACAACUGUUUAUUGAUAUGUGAUUUUACAUACAAUUUUAUACUAUUGACUACAAUGAUUUUAAGUCAGAAUUUACCCUCUUGGAAGAAUCAAAUUUGAUCAUGUAGAAAUAUAAAUAUUUAUUUAUCAAUGUUCUGUGAUUAUAAAUUUUUGCAUAGGUCUAUGUAUUAGCUGAUUAUGUUAUAUAUGUUUGAAUCCAAAUGUAGUUUGACAUAUGCUGUUUAUUUUUUGUGUGAAAGUAUUUGUUAUGUAUAUUUUUAUGUAUAUAAUAAAAAUUUUAUUAGAU